AUGAAGCCCUUCUAUAUUUCCGUCAUCCUUUUUCUCCUCCUCAUUUCAAGCACCAAUGCAAUCCCAGUGAAUAGAAAUUAUGUGAAACAAUUCUUAGCUUCUCAAAAUGCCGCCCGAUCCGCCUUAAGGCUGCCUCCGAUGGCGUGGGAUGCCAGGUUAGCCCAUUAUGCUGAGUGGUACGCCAACCUAAGGCGCCGGGACUGUGCGUUGGAGCACUCAAACGGGCCAUACGGAGAAAAUAUUUUCUGGGGCAGCGGCAAUGGGUGGACCCCAGCUCAAGCUGCAGCGGCAUGGGUGUCUGAACGGCGGAGCUACAACUACAUGUCGAAUUCUUGUGCAUAUGGGCAGGAAUGUGGACAUUAUACACAAAUUGUUUGGAGAGAAACAAGAAGAAUUGGAUGUGCUAGAGUGAACUGUUAUGGGGGCAGGGGCGUUUUUAUGAUUUGCAGUUAUGACCCUCCUGGGAAUUACAUUGGAGAGAGACCUUAUUGA